AGGCGCUUUACGGCAAGCGUGUGUGCGUACGGAGAGCUUGUUGUUAGCCGUAAAGCUAACUGCUGAUGUGCGACUCACGCUGCUGUUUAUUUCACGAGCUUGAGCAGAACACUGUUACGUUCACGUUUCUAACUCAGUGACAUGGAUGUCGGAGAAUUGCUGAACUAUCAGCCUGAUAGAGGAGCAAAGCGUCCCAGGGCGGCAGAGGAUGGAGGAGCAGCAGGAGGAGAUGAGGACUCCAGAGGAGGGAAGCUGCAGAAAGGGUUGAGUGCCAGGGACCUGGCCAGAUACCGGGAAGCAGCAGCAGGACUAGGAAUAGAAGGAGGGGGUGAAAUGAGGGACACAGACGACCUGACUGGGGACAAGAAGAGGAUCCUGGAGAAACUGAUGGACCAGGAUGAAGAAGAACCUGAGGCAGAGCCAGUGGAUGAGAGUUCAGUGAAGAAAAUGAUCCUGACCUUUGAGAAAAGGUCGUACAAAAAUCAGGAACUGCGGAUUAAGUUUCCAGACAACCCAGAGAAGUUCAUGGAGUCGGAGCUUGAUCUGAACGACAUUAUCCAGGAAAUGCACGUGAUCGCAACAAUGCCAGACCUCUACCACCUGCUGGUGGAGCUUAAUGCCGUCCACUCCCUACUGGGCCUCCUCAGUCACGAAAACACUGAUGUUGCCAUAGCAGUGGUGGACCUGCUGCAGGAGCUGACGGAUAUCGACACACUCCAGGAGAGCGAAGAAGGUGCUGAAGUGCUCAUAGAUGCUCUGUUGGAGGGUCAGGUGGUGGCCUUACUGGUGCAGAACAUGGAGCGGCUGGAUGAACAGGUGAAGGAGGAGGCUGAUGGCAUCUAUAACACACUGGCUAUCACGGAAAAUAUGGCCGAGUUCAGACCAGGCCUGUGCACAGAGGCAGCUCAGCAGGGACUCAUGCAGUGGCUGCUAAAGAGAAUAAAGGCAAAAAUGCCAUUUGAUGCUAACAAGUUGUACUGCAGUGAAAUCCUGGCCAUCCUGCUGCAGAACAACGACAAUACCAGAGAAUUAUUGGGAGAGAUGGAUGGCAUUGAUGUGUUACUGCAGCAACUAUCUGUGUUCAAGCGUCACAACCCGUCCACAGCCGAGGAGCAGGAGAUGAUGGAGAACCUCUUCGACGCUCUGUGUUCCUGCCUCAUGCUGCCAGCCAAUCGGGACCGCUUCCUCAGAGGGGAGGGGCUUCAGCUGAUGAACCUCAUGCUCAGAGAAAAGAAAAUGUCUCGAACCAGUGCAAUGAAGGUCCUGGACCACGGGAUGAUUGGACCGGAGGGAGCAGAUAACUGUCACAAGUUUGUGGACAUCCUGGGCUUACGAACCAUCUUUCCCCUUUUCAUGAAAACACCCAAGAAGAUGAAGAAAACUGCUGCUUCAGAGAAAGAGCAUGAAGAACACGUGUGCUCCAUCAUCGCCUCCAUGCUGCGAAACCUCAAGUCCCAACAGAGAAGCCGACUCCUCAACAAGUUCACAGAGAACGACUGUGAGAAGGUUGAUCGACUGAUGGAGAUGCAUUUUAAGUACCUGGAGGCUGUUCAACAGGCCGACAAGAGGAUCGAUGGAGAGAAACACGAGAUGGUUCCGGGGGAGAUCCUGGAUGAAAGCAGUGAGGAUGAUUUCUACCUUCGCCGUCUGGACGCUGGACUAUUCGUGCUUCAGUUGAUCUGCUAUAUUAUGGUGGAGAUCAGCAACUCAGGGAUAUCACAGCUGCAGCAAAGGGUCCAACAAAUUCUCAACCUAAGGGGAGGCUCUGUCAAACUAGUGCGACACAUCAUGAGAGAGUACGCUGAGAGCAUCGGAGAUGGGAAGAGCGACGAGUUCAAGGAGGCUGAGCGGAAGAGGAUCAUGGACCUCGUGGAAAAUUUCUAAUCUCACUUUCUCUCACACACACACACACACACACACACACACACACACACACACACACACACACACACACACACACACACACACACACACACACACACACACACACACACACACACACAAACACAAUAUAUUCUCACACUUGAGAAUGUUAAAAAUGCACUAGUAUGAUUUGGACUGAUGGUGACCGUGAGCCCGUCUAAGAACUAAAGUGUUCUUCUGUAACUUUCUAAACUAACUAAAGCCACUGAGUGUGUGUACAUGCACAGCAAUACUGCAAGCAAUACUGUCUGCUAAAAGACACCAGACUCAUUGUCAUGGUUCAAAGAAAUGGUUCAUGUUUUUAAAUAACCUGGUUUACUUUGCCAGCAUCUCUGGCAUCCAAUGUAGGGGGAAAAAGGAAUCUAAAAUUGUUAGAUUAUAAUUAGUCUUUUUUUUUUAAUGAAUUCAAUCUAAUUAAUCUUUAGGUUCCAAAUAAAUGGUUCGAAUGAGAUGGUUGCUGUGCAUGUAACACUGCUCGCUGUAGGAACAGUUGGAGUUGAGUUUGCAGAGCAGAAGCUCGUCUGAAUCUCUCAACAAACACGAGAUGGACUCGGAGCUACGGUGCUGUUUAUUUUCUCUCCUGUGAUGUUGAACCCUUGCGUAAUAAUUAUGGACCAGUUUGCAAACUCAACAUCAAUCCCUUCGGCUCUACUGCCUAACCUCGUGUGUUUGUUUUGGAUUCACGUGUAAGAUAUUUUCUAAUAAAACAUUUGCUGAUAAAA